AUCGAGCUCCGAGGCUGGACGGACGGGCGAAGACAUUUCGGCCUUCCCUUCUCUUUAUAUUGCUUGCGUUACCCUUUGAGACCUGUCGAAUUACACAAUUUUAUUUGAGUUUUUAAGUAAAAAAAAAAGUGUGGCGCCUGUUUAACAAUUGACGUCAGUGUUUAUUGUCUGUAUUGUGUGAAAGACAUAAUGAGAACUGUGGCACAAAAGAUGCUAAGGAACUGCAACUUAUUGUUCACAAGUACAUGCAGGAAGACCCCAAACAGUGAUACAGAUGGCCACUCAUCCAACAUCGAAACGGCCGCCCAGAUGGAAAACAUCCAGCACCUGCGUGACGAGGAGGUGGCCCCGGAGUACGCACACCAUGUGGAGGCGCCGGCGCAACGCACCCACCACGAUGGCGCCUGGCUUCUAUCUGUCAUUGUGUGCAUCAACGUCCUCAUUCUGGGCUGCGCGCUGGUUGGCAGCAGCACCAUCAACAGCGUGGCCGUCACAACCGUGCACCGCCAGAUCUUCCUCAUCGUCCUUCUCGCCCUCACAAUGCUUUGGAUGCUCUUGUACGUCACUGUCACCUACCGCAAGAACAAAAACCUAAUGACUCUUGACAGCCAUGCCGGGCCGGUGUGGCUCCGAGGUGGACUUGUGCUUUUUGGCCUGUUGAGUCUGCUCAUGGAUAUCUUCAAAAUGGCCAACUACAUCGGCCACCUGCACUGCGACUCUGCCGUCAAAGUGGCCUUCCCUGCCGUGCAAGCAGUGUUCUUAAUCGCCCAGACUUAUUUCCUGUGGGUCCACGCAAAGGACUGCGUGCAGUUCCACACAAGUGUGACACGGUGCGGCCUCAUGCUAAUGCUCUCUACUAACCUGGUGGUGUGGAUGGCGAGCGUCACCGAGGAGUCCCUUCACCAAAUGGAUGCCCCAUAUCUGAAUGUCAGCUUCCCGUUCAAGAUGUACAGAGACAGUUACAACCUAGAGGCCAAGUGCAGCUGCAGUCACUCAGCGUGCAGCGCCUUCAAGGAGGCCUUCUACUACCUGUACCCCUUCAACAUUGAGUACAGCCUCUUUGCUUCGGCCAUGGCUUACGUCAUGUGGAAGAACGUGGGCCGCCUGGCGGACAACCAGGGCCACCGCAGGGCAAAGUUCCGUCCCAAGGAGAUCAGCGUGGGCCCUGUGCUGGGGCUCAUGGUCGUGGUGGUGGGCCUGGUAACCUUCGUCGUGUACGAAGUGGAGAUCACGCUGGAAGACGAGGCCAUGCGCCGCAAUGCCCUGCUCAUCCAUUUCGUCAUAAACAUAGUGAUUGUGAGCCUCAUGUGCGUCUACACCGCGGUGGGCUGCGUCAUCUACCGACUGGACCACCGCGAACACAUCUCUGAGAAGAACCCUGCCCGCAGCCUGGACGUGCAACUCCUGGUGGGGGCCUCAAUGGGCCAGUUGAUUAUCAGCUACUUCUCUGCUGUGGCGGUGGCAGCCACGGGGGCUCAGGACCUCCUGGAUGCGGUAAACUUGUCGUGGGCUGUCCUCAUGGUGGUGCAACUGUGCCUGCAGAACUACUUCAUCAUCGAGGGCCUCUACCGUAAGCCCUUCCACGCCAUGCAGGAAGACACCCUGCACGCCGAGGCCAGCGGCGUCACCAACCGGCAAAAUUCAAGGUGCAGGCUGACGCCGCCCGAGCGGCCAAACUGGAAGAGGAGAGUGCUGAAGGAAGUGUGUGCCUUUCUAAUGCUCGCCAACAUUAUUCUGUGGCUCAUGCCUGCCUUUGGAGCUAGACCUCAGUUCAACCACACGGUGGAGAUGAAGUUUUACAAGUUCAGCAUGUGGACGGCCAUAGUCAACAUCGGACUGCCUUUUGGAAUCUUCUACCGCAUGCAUUCAGUGGCCAGUCUCUUCGAGGUGUAUAUUAUUUUAUAGUUCUCGCCUGUCUGUAU